CUGGAGGAGAGCCUGGCCUGUGACCUCUGACCCUCUAAUCCUGGAGGGGCCGGGGGCUUCGACGGGGAGAAGAUGCGGUGUACCACCCUCCUGGCCCUGCUCAUCGGGGUCAUGCUGUACCUGGUGAUGGGAGCGCUUGUUUUCGGGACCCUGGAGCUGCCCGGGGAGAGUUUGGCCCACAAGAACCUCCUCGCCACCAAGAAGGCUUUCCUUGAGAAUAACUCCUGUGUCACCGAGCUGGACUUCUACAACCUUGUGAAGGGAGUGGCGUCUGCGGUGGAGUCGGGACUAGAUGUGAACAACCUCUCUGCCAACUUCUCCACCCGUUGGGACCUGGCCUCCGCCUUCUUCUUCUGUGGUACCAUCAUUACCACCAUAGGUUUUGGCAACCUGUCUCCUUUGACGUGGUACGGCCAGCUGUUCUGCGUGUGCUACGCCCUGGUGGGCAUCCCCAUGUUUGGCAUCCUGCUGGCCGGGGUGGGCGACCACAUGGGCACGGUGCUGCGCAGGGCUGUGGCCAAGAUGGAGACCCUCUUAAUGAAGCGUAAGGUCCGGCCGACCACCGUGCGUGUGAUCUCAGCCAUUCUCUCCAUCCUGAUUGGCUGUCUGAUAUUCCUCGCCGUGCCGACAGUUGUGUUCCAGGAAGUGGAGGACUGGUCGUUUCUAGAGUCGUUCUAUUUCGUGGUCAUCACUCUCACCACUGUUGGCUUUGGAGACUUCGUGCCAGGUGGUCGUGAGGACGGCUGGUUCUUCAAGCCUCUGGUGUGGUUGUGGAUAGUGUUUGGCCUCGCCUACUUCGCCUCCAUCCUCACCAUGAUAGGGAACUGGCUGAAGGUGCUGUCCAAGAGGACGCGCGCUGAGAUGGAGGAGUUGAGGGCCCACGCCACGGACUGGACUCAGAAUAUUCAGAACAUGUCCAUGGACUUCCGCAUCCCAAACCCGCUGGAGUUCAACGACCCUUUCCUCCUGCAGCGCCGGCGCUGGAAACGCAGCGAGCGCCGCCGCAUCCGGCGGGGCGCCGAGGGCACCCUGGGGUACCUGGCUCGGGGGGGCUCCGAGAACGGACACCUGCCGAACCGCUGGGCCGGCCUGUCCAGCUCCAUGAGCCAGCUCAACGCACGCGUGUCCCUGGAGAGGGCGCUGGUGGCCAAGUCCAGGGCGCUGCCCGCGUUGAGAGUCGACCCCCCCGCGUGUCUGCAGGCGGAGGGCAGGCCGUUCCCUCCCCCGCUGGCCCGCUCCUUCUCCCUCCCCGUGGCCCGCUCCACCUUGGAGCUGAACAUGGUGGGGGCAGCCGCGCACGGAGGUUCCCUCUCCGGGUCCGAGUCGACCUUUGACUCCAGGUCGGACGCCUCCUUGGCCUCCUCGGCCCGCUCGGCGCUCCGCAAUUCGCAGUCCUGUUUCACGGUCAUCCGCAUGGAGGAGGAGGAGGAGGAGGGGGGGGCACGAGGAGACCGACUGACUGCAGCAGAGAGACGUGCGUCUGCGAACGACCAGCGACGCGCUCCCGCUGGCCGCCCGGGCCUCUCUCCUCCUCCUCGUCCUCCCUCGGGCCACCACCAAAUCCUCCUUCCCUCGCCUCCCCUGCAGGCCGCCUCCUCGGCCAGCUGCCAGCUGCUGGACUUCUUCGGGGAGAAUCUGGCGUACAUCGACGAGUCCUCGGACACGCUGAGUGACCGCGCCCAGCCGGGAGCGGGCGAGGAGAGGAGGAGGCGGCCGCGGAAGCCGAAGAGGAGGAGCAUCAGGAGGCAGCUGUCGCACAAGUGGAGCCCCUUGCAAGUGAGGAGGCCCAACAGUGACAUGGGGCCGCCGUCGAAUCCCCCCACGCCGCCCCCAGAAUCCCCUCUGUCAGACUCGCCCCAAUCAGAGGGCCAGGCGGGUUCGGGUCCGACACUCUGACAGCCAACACGCGCAGUGGAGGAGUCGAGGAGACGAGGAGUCGAGGAGAGGUGGAACAUAUCGGUCAUGAAGCUCUGUGACUUAGAACGACCACUUGGAAUAUUCUGUAUACCAGAUGAAUGAAUAAUAUAAUCCUAAAUAAACUGAAACUAAUUCCACUUUGUUGCUCGGUGAGCUGAGGUUAAAAUUAAGGAACUGCUUCUCUUCGUAUAUGAGGAUGGGAAGACAUGAACCUAUUGUACUCCAGACUCUACAUACACGUACAUCUGAAUAUAACUGAGACUUAACUGUGCUGCGUUUUAUUAAUCGAGCGAGUCCCAGUGACGUGUCACGAGUCCCAGUGACGUGUCAAUGACAGAAACGUGUCGAACAGAAGUGGUUUCUAGGACAUAGAAAUGUGUUUAGAAUAACGCAGCAAUGGAAUUUAAAGUUGUGGAGGUCUUUCACCGCUGCAGAGAUGAAUGUGGAAAUCACAGCAUGAGAAGGAGAAAUCAUCUGGGAAACAUCACUGUCUGUCUCAUGGCCAUCCUUCCAGAAGACGUUGAGACAUCUCAGUCUGGGCUAAAAUGGUGGAUGAACGACGCCAUGUUUGUGGGCCUUUUAAACCAGGACACCGUGCAUCCUUUUAAAAUGCAUCACGCCGGGUGAGUAAACAGGUCCGUUACAGAGCGCGACCCGAGGUUAUGAGUCAUUAUCCCUUAUUUAUCUUCUGUGUUGAUGUGCCUUUCAAUUAAGAUUUGUUUGCUUAAUUAACAAAUUCUGAGCAAGGUUUUGAAACCAAUCGUAAAAGAAAUAGUAUCUUUUUAUGGAAUUCUACAUUGAAGAGGAACCGGCGACACGAGCCCAAGAGGUUUUUACACAGCCAAGGAUUUUUUAUUUUUUCCCUUGUGUGAGACAACGUCUACAAUUAAAAUUGAUCACAAGACACAAUGCGUCAGGACCUGGGUGACCUUUCACCUCGGCUAUAAACGUCCCCGGGGGAAAUCCCUGCUGAGGACGAAGAGCCUAAACUACGACGACUCGUUGGACUAAAACCUGCACACGGGCCUCUUGGAUGUUUUAAGGGGUUCAAAAAAGGGUCCAAGUUCCUGGGUACUGCUUUGUAUUGAAGCUUUUGUGCUCUUUACACCAUAAAAAGCAUAUUUGUGUGCUCCAACAUGGAUAUAAGUAACACUGAGGUUAGAUUUAAGGUUUGUGGUAUUUAACGCCCAUCAUAUCAAGUUCCUUUGAAUCACUUUUGGUUCUGCUUGUGACUUUUGAUUCCUUCGGGUUUGUUUGUGUUUUAUUAUUUUGAAAGACUGAACCCCUCUGCCACACCAAUAGCUCUGCAGGUAUUGAACCUUUUUUUUUUUUUUUGCUCUUACCAUCUGUCCUCAGAUGAACCCUGUUGGACGCCUCAUGGUCAGAAAUGGUUGUAAAGAAUUCAACACAUCUGGUAAAAUUCAAGGACUCAAUUGAUACACACAAUACAUUUGGGCAGAGGCAAUUCUUUAUUGAUGUUACUACAAACACGACUGAGUGUCAAAUACAGCUUCUAAAAACAUAAAUUAUAUAAUAUGAAGAUAUUUGAGUCUUCUCUAUAAUAAUAAAUUACCAGAGGUGUGGCAUCAACCAAUCCUAGUAUAAAUAAGGUAAAGUAAGUUAAAAUAGCUUUUGUGCCAAGUGCCAAAGAGAUUUUGAGAAAAAUGAUGAGUAUUUAGGACUCGACAAACCCAGCCCUCUGACCGCUGGGGAGCAGGAGAUCUGAAAUGACCCUGGAAGUCCUGAGUGAACUCAGCCCUGGAGAUAAACAUCCAGUUUCUGCUUACUCAGAAGCAGGAAGUACUACAAGAGGCCGUCGUGGCAUUCUGCCCGCCUUCCAGCGCCAACACAAGUAACCGGCUGAAUCCACACUGCGAUUCAGUUACUUUGUCAACUGUUGACAGAAGGCUGGAAGGAGAAAGGAAUCCACAUGGCGACACGCUGGGACAACGCCGACCCCUGACCUACAAAAGGGCCUUUUUAAAGUAAAAAAAAAGUCAGUGUAUGGUCAUUAAGUGAUACACAUUUAGAGACUGCUCAGUUCUUUUUUUUUUAAAAGCUCAUAAUAGAGUAAUGAAUAGGAACUCCUCAUAUAGUAUGUCAUGAAAACAUAUAGUAUCACAUAAAAUAAUAUAAUUAAAACGUAAUAGUAUGCAAUAAAAUAAAUAUUGUUUCAUUGUUUAUUUGAUGUCACUUACAUGGUCAGAAAACCCAACUCAAUAUCAAACUAGUUAACUUAGAGUUAACUGUCAACAAAUAUGAUUAAAUGUGCUCUUUUAAAAAAAAAAUUGACGAGCAGCCUUUGUGGGUUCGGCCCCCCAGCCGUUUUGCUCAAGUAGAGGUCUCAGCUCGGUUAGUAUGGCUUCAAUAAUGCUGCGACCUCAGAACGGCCUCAUUAUCGCUCUGCCGCUUGUAUAACUUUUAAUUUUGUGUUUGAGGUGUCCUGUCGCCCAGAGAGCUGUAUUUAAAUUAAAACUGCCAGAAAUAAACAGGAACGACUCCAAUCCAGUCGUGUGACGAAUAAAGGGCUUGCUGUCAUCCUCGGGAACAUUUCCCAACCGUUAUCAAAGCACCAUUCUUAGGUCAGUAAGGGAUGAACCAGAGCCGUGACUCAUGCUUCUGAUGCGUACGAGAGGUGUGUGUGUGUGUGUGUGCGUGUGCGUGUGUGUGUGCGUGUGUGAGAGAGAGCGGGGGUCCAUAGACUCUCCUCUCAAGGACAGCAGGACUCAGUGUGAGACAGGGCAAUGGCGCUGCACCGUGGGAUAAGUACAGGUUGG